UCAAAUUAACCCAAUCAUUACUGUAAACACAAAAAAUAACUCUUGCACGCCUUGCGUGCCUAUGUUUAAUCUUGAUUGAGUUCUGACAUUUCUUAGACCCAAUUGAUUAGCAAGAUGAUAGUGUUACUGAGUAAUAAUUGCUACAACAGUAUGUUAAUUUGGCUUAUUUUCAGGCGGAGAAUCUGACUGUCGCCGCGUAUUGAAACCUGAUGGCCAAGAAAUUUUGAUGAAAGCUAUUUCAUCCCUCGAAGCUGCGCUGGGAUCCCUGAGGGACGGAACUACAGAAUUUCAAAUGCUGAGUUUACUUAAUGGUCAUUCAGAAAGAUUUCUAGCACUUUGCGGGCAGAUUGACAAGGAGGAAGGUAAAUUGUCAUCCUUAAGACAGCUGUUGCACCAACGUUGCGUAGAGCUGUCUGCAUUCCAGGAGGAACGAGAGAAAGUGACUAUCUUCAUAAGGAUGUGCUCACAUAUCAAACAAGUGAAUGUUGAUAAAUUGUCAAGGAAGUCAAUGAUGGAUGCCUCUCACGUGUCUAUUAGAGAUCUUGUACGGUCAACCAACGCUGAUGGGAAAGUGUUUCCAGUGGUGACCUUUUUUGGUCUUUCUCCAAAGGCCAAGUAUAUGAUUUCAUCUCUCAGUCGACUACGUGAGAGCGUAUUACUAAGGCAACUUUGGAUCGAGAAUGGCGACAAAGCACUCAGGAUGAUUGCAGAAGGAGAAACACAGAACAUGUCUCUAGGUGUUGAAGAUGUUGUAGAGCUGAUUUGGACACCAACAAAUGCAGAGCUGCAGUCUUUGCAAGCCCGUUUCUUUGCUGGUGACAUUUCCUUUGGAGAGGUAGACAAGUUGUUCAGAGUUUUUCAAGACAACCAGAAUUAUGAUGAUCUUGCGAACGAAAUCAAGCUGUUCACCUUAAGAGGUGGCAGUCCAGCCCAAACUACAGAAGAGUUAAUCAACAGACGCAUUGAGCAGAUACAACAGUACUACAAGUUACAGCGUUGCAUAGAGGCUGCUAAGAUCAUCCUGGAUUUCAGAACUUGUCUUGGUCUUCAAGGAGAUUUUAAACUGGUAGAGCACUUGCGUAACCAGAUGAGCAGUGAAUUCAAACAACGGCCACUGAGAACCAUGAAUGCAGCAUUGCAGAAGGCUGGUAGAUUGUUAUCCGAAAUAAGCCCUGAGCGUGGACGCUGCCUUGAUGCUGUUACCAGAUGUCAACCUCUUAUUAAAUGGCUGAGGGAAACCAUCGCAGGUCCUCAAGAACUCAAGGUGCUUGUGGAUUUGGCAAUCAUAUCAGCUGGGGAGACAGACAUGGAAACCACCAGAAUAACCUGCUUACAUACCAGCUGCUUAGGAUUUGCACCUCUUAUCUUCGAUUUACAGCCUUCUUUUGGUUUUGAUGAAUUGAUGAGAACUUGUGAACCAGUAUGGAGUGCAUUGGAUGCUGAUCCCACCCUCCCUAAAAAAUUGAUGGACACUAAUCGUCACAUGGAGUGGCUGCAGAGUGUCAAAACGUCGCAUGGUUCCGUGGCCAUGUCCUCCUUUAUGGAAGCUCAGACUAUUAAUGAACAUGGCAUCUACCGUGUUGGAUGUGAAGAUGAGAGUUUAUCAAUAGUACCGGAGCAGUUAACACUCGACAAUGUGAUUCAGCUCACGUUACCCACAGGUGAAAAUGGGAAAAGCAAAGAAUACUCACUUGAUAACCUAAGGGAUUUGCAAAGUAAGCUGAUGCUUAUUGCUGCCAAGGCGUCACAAGGCAAAGAGGAAGUGGACAGAUUUGUCGAUAUUCUACAGUGUGUCUUGCGACUUGCUACAGUGUACAUUUCACUUUGCAAAGCUGGGGAAGUAAGUCACCUCAAGUGGAAACAUGAAUUUCAGUGUACGCCAAGACUUACUGCCAACCGCUCUCUAGUAAGCGAUUUGGUGGAUGAAAGUGAACAUCUGCAACAGUGUCUUCAGCAGUGGAAAGACGAACUACAUGCCAAGCGUUUGCGGUACAGUGAAUUAAAUCACUUCACCACACGGCAGUUGCUUUUCCUUCGAAGCAAACUGGCCGUUGUCCAAGGCCGAGGCCCCAGAGCAGUGGAUAGCAUCCCUCUUGAGGUGUAUAACCUUUUAGAGAGUGUGUUACCAGGCAUUGACCCGGUCACUCUGAAGUCUGUACUUACAUUUUGUGGUAUAUGUAGUCAGGAAGCUGGCCAAAACAUCAUCAGGUCAUAUGGUGCCAGCAGUCAACGGCAGCGACCAAGUGAUAACUCCGACAGGUUUAAACUGUCAAAGGAGCUGCAGCCUUCAAACAUAGAAAUGUUCCAGUCACUUGUUGCCAAGUUGGAGUUGCUUGGUUACUCUGAGGAGGUUGCCAUAGCAGCAAUGAUCUCAUGCAAAGAUGCCACUGAGGCAGAUUUAAUUGUGUGGUCUGUCCAAAAUGGAAACAACGAAGAUCUGAUCAGUGCUAAGUACUCAGAGGCACAGAAUGAUCCCAGAUAUUUGCAACUAAUGGAUAAGGAUAGCACCACAUCUCGGGAACAAGAAAGUCCUGUAGAGGAAGAUAUGACAGAUGAAUCAGGAGAUUUAUCAGAACCAAUGGAAACUGCUUUCACUCUUGACCAGACAGCGGAUGGGGAAUUUCUCAGUCUCGAUGACUUAGGAAAGCUGUUGCUCCGCCUUGCUUCACAAGGUUUGUUGUAUUUGCAUACGCUUUGUGAGAAUAGUCCAGUUUCGAGUUCGCCAUGACCGCUGAAUAAAAGCACUGAGA